AUGGAAGGGGUGAACCGAACCAGAGUGGAUGAGUUUAUCUUCUUGGGGCUGACGGAUAACCCCAUCCUGGAGACGGUGUUCCUCGUGACGUUCUCCGUCACCUACGUGCUCACCCUCCUGGGGAAUCUGCUCAUUGUCGUCACGGUGGCUUCCACCCCCCGCCUUCACACCCCCAUGUACUUCUUCCUGGGCAACCUGUCCCUCAUUGACAUCUGCCACUCAUCCGUCACCGUCCCCAAGAUGCUGGAGGGCUUCCUGUCAGAGAGCAAGUCCAUCUCCUUCGACGGCUGCGUCGCCCAGCUCUUCUUCCUGCACCUCUUCGCCUGCUCCGAGAUCUUCCUGCUGACCGUCAUGGCAUACGACCGCUACGUGGCCAUCUGUGUCCCGCUGCGCUACCCCACCGUGAUGACGGUCAAGGUCAGCGUCCAGUUGGUCUCCGCGUUGUGGCUGGGGGGUGCCAUCCACUCCCUGGUCCAGACCUUCUUGACCAUCCGCCUGCCCUACUGCGGGCCCAACGUCAUCGACAACUACUUCUGCGACGUGCCACAGGUCAUCGGGCUGGCGUGCACGGACACCUACCUCACCGGGAUGCUCAUCGUAUCCAACAGCGGGGCCAUCUCCCUGUUCUGUUUCCUGGCCCUGUCGGCCUCCUACGCGGUCAUCCUGGCCUCCCUGAGGAGGCAGUCGGCCGAGGGACGCCGGAAGGCCCUGUCCACCUGCUCCGUCCACUUCGUCAUGGUGGUGUUUUUAUUCGGACCCUGCAUUUUCCUCUACACCCGGCCUCACAGCACAUACGCCGCCGACAAGGUGGUGUCCAUCUUCUACACCGUCAUCACCCCUUGGCUCAACCCCCUCAUCUACACCCUGCGGAACGAAGAGGUGAAGAAGUCGAUGAGGCAGCUCAGGAAAAGACGAGUCUUUAUCUUGAGAUCUUGCUUCUGA